GCACCUGAGAACAGCGAGUCAUUCUUUUAAGUUACCUUAAUUUUUUACAAGCCGAUAAUUUUAGGCUUGUGCUCCGGAACAUCUGCUCUUACUGUGUGCGGUACCACUACGACACAAUUAAAUGACGGACUGUACACAAAUUAACGCAUGAAGUCUCUAAUGUUGAUCGGAAAGACCUCCAGUUUUGGUAGCCUUUUCGGGACUCAUGUUUUCAAACCCUUGGCUUGUCUGUUCACUAGUUCCAGCAACAUGGCCAAGAGCAAGUUUGAGUAUGUCCGCAACUUCGAAACAGAUGACAGUUGUCUCCGAAACUGCUACAUUGUUGUGAGACUGGAUGGGCGCAACUUCCACAAGUUUGCAGAGCAGCACAAAUUUGCAAAGCCCAAUGAUGACAGGGCUUUGAGCCUGAUGGUCCGGAGUGCGCGCUCCGUCAUGGGUGAACUGGAGGACAUUGUCAUCGCUUAUGGUCAAAGUGAUGAGUUCAGCUUUGUUUUUAAGAGGACAUCCACUCUGUUUAAGAGGAGAGCCAGUAAGCUAAUGACACAUGUGACCUCCCAGUUCUCCUCCUCAUAUGUGUUUUACUGGAAGGAGUUCUUUGGGGACCAGCCUCUCUUGUAUCCCCCAGGCUUUGAUGGACGCGUGGUCCUGUAUCCUAGCAACCGCAACCUCAGAGACUAUCUCAGCUGGAGGCAAGCAGAUUGUCACAUUAAUAAUUUAUACAACACAGUAUUUUGGACAUUAGUACAAAAGGGAGGACUCACCACAGCGCAGGCAGAGGAUCGUCUAAGGGGUACACUGGCUGCAGACAAAAAUGAGAUCCUAUUCUCUGAGUUUGGUAUCAACUACAACAACGAAUCUGCCGUCCAUAAGAAGGGAACCAUUCUCAUCUGGGAAAAGCAAGAUGAAACUGUCACUAAAUGCAUUAAACUACCAAAUGAAGAGGAGCAGAAUGUGUCUGUGACCCGCAGCAGGAGGAAGGUGCAGGACUACCACUGUGACGUUAUAGGAGAGAAGUUCUGGCAGGAGCACCCAGACGUCCUGGAAGACGACAACUCCUAGUUCCCAGUGGUUCUGUAGAAGCCUUAAAAAAAAUACUGGACUGAGUCAUGUCAAAACGGUUGAAGUGGACCUAUUCAAGCAGUGGACGGAAGACAGGACAGGUUGAUAUUGACUAUAGAUGAAUGACUGUGUGUCAAAAAACAUGCUACCCUUGAAUCUUAGCUCCCUUGAAAGAGUGUUUUCUGAGAAUGAGGCCUUGGACGACCAGAACAUUUUUUUAUUUUCAUGUAUAAAACUUCUGUCAUAACUUCCCCUGAAAGGCACUUUUCUGCUCAAACUGCGAGAUGACUUGUGGCAUGUUCAAAAGGAAGCAGGCAAUUUCAUAAUCUUGUAGCAGUGUGUGUUGAGGACAUGCACAGCAGUUUGGUAAUUUAUACUGUCACCCAGACUCAGAUAUCUGCCCAUUCCACUCUACCCUGUUCUAAGGUGGCUUCUCCAAAAAUAAACCCUCAUUUGAUAUCUUGAAUGGUAUUUAUAAUACUACCAUAACCUGAUCUUUCUGCAUGUUUAACACAGUUUCACUUGGCCCGCUACUUUUUGUUCCUUUUUAUGUGUGUAUAGCAUUGCUUUGAAUCGCAAGUGUCCUUUCUUUCCCAUUAAAGUUCCUAACGAUUCAGGAAUUCUGCAGGA